UGCAUGCAUUAAUUGCAAUUUUUUAUCAAUUUUAUUGAUCACCUAAUUAAAAUUCUACACAUGUUUUAUUACCCAAUUUUUUUCUCUGCCCCUUCUUUAUAUUAAAAAUGUUUUAGGAUAGAACUUAACUUUUUAAAAAUCAUAAAUUUUGAACUAGAUAACAAUGUUUCACAAGCCAAUCUCAACUCAGUUCUAUGCAUGCAUCGACUGUAAGUUUUUCCUUCAUAAAUCAUGUUCUGAGCUACCACUGAACAUCACUCACCCCUUUCAUGAUAAUCAUCCUUUCACUCUUUUAGCCAGAGCACCAGACUCGGCUUCUUGUAAUUUUUGUGGUAAGUUACUAGUCACCCAAUUAGUUUACCACUGUUCUUCUUGUAAAUUUGACCUUGACAUCAAAUGUGCCUUGCUCCCAGAAUUCCUCAAUGGAGAGUUUCCAAAAGUUGAUCAUCAAAUUCAUGUUGAACACCCACUCUUCUUCAUCAAAAAUCUUAGCCAUGAAGUUAAACUAGCUUCUUCCCGCUAUUGCAGUGUUUGCUUAGAACAGUUAUCGAAUGCUUCCUUUUACACUUGUGUUGUUUGCAAGCUUUUUCUUCAUAAAUCAUGUUUUGAGACUGAGCUACCAUUGAACAUCAAUCACCCUUUCCAUGAGAAGCACACUCUUACUCUUACUCUUCUUAAAAGGGAGAGUGGGGCACUUUGUCAAUUUUGUCAGAAGAGUCGUUAUCCUGCGGGAUUGUUUUACCAUUGUUCUUCUUGUAAUUUCAACCUUGACAUCAAAUGUGCCUUUCUCCCACAAUUCCUCAAUGGAAAUUUCCCAAAUCGUGAUCAUUAUUUUAGUAAUGUUGAUGAACACCCACUCUUCUUCAUUCAAAAGGACCUUAUUAGCAGCAAUAAAGUUGAACCACUAUAUUCUUAUUGCUUUGUUUGCCCAGAAUCGUUAUCUGGUAGUUCUUUUUAUUACUGCCCAGAAUGUCAACUUUUCCUUCAUAAAUCAUGUGUUUUUGAAGAGCUACCUUUGAAAAUUAAUCACUCUUUUCAUGAUAAACAUGCUAUUACACUAACCCGAAAAGGGAAUAAUGAAAUAGCAUGUAACUUUUGUCUUAAUGUCACCAAUGGAUUAGUGUACAACUGUAGUUCUUGCGAGUUCUACCUUGACACCCGAUGUGCUUUGCUCAUCACCAAAGAUCUCCCAAAACGUGAUCGUCAUUUUAGGCAUGAUGAACACCCACUCGUCUUCGUCAAAAUGCUCAGCGACAUAGCUAAAAUAAAUUCUUCCUGCUCUGUUUGCUCAAAACCAUUAUUGGGCACUUCUUUUUACAGUUGUCCUGAUUGUCAAUUUUUCUUUCACAAAGAAUGUGAGGCAGAGUUGCCAACUAAGAUUAGGCAUUUUACUCACCCUCAACACCCUCUUAUUCCUAAAUUUUCCUUAUGUACCUGCCAAUUUUGCCAAGGUAAAAGUGAUGGGAAAGAAAUUGGAUAUCAAUGUCCCUCUUGUGACUUUUAUAUUCAUCGUAAGUGUACCUUACCCCGGUUUGUCCCAGAAAGUAAGAUCCAUGACCACGACCACCAGUUGAUCCCACUCUUAAGGGAAAAUCUCUUCAUCAUUUGCGAUGCAUGUGGGGGCUCAGGAGAUUCUGCUGGCUAUUUUUGUGUUGAAUGCAAUCUCAUGGUCCAUUGGGAUUGUAUUUUGCUGCCAAAAACCAUCAAAUUCAAACUGCACAAUCAUCAUCUACUUGGCCACAACUAUAGGUUGCCACAAAAAGAGGGUGAAAGAUGGACCUGUCAGUAUUGUUUUAAAAAGGUGGCGGCAGAGUAUGGGAGUUACAAAUGUUUGCAUUCGGACUGUAAUUAUAUUCUCCAUGUGAGUUGCGUAAAAAAGAAUAAAGGUCGUCUUUAUAUUGAAGUUGAGUCAGAAAAUGAGGAACGCGAUGAUGAGGCUUCUUCUUCUUCUUCUUCUGCUAGUUGUGCUGUGGUACUAGGAGACAAGACAAAGCAUUUCAGUCACAAGCAUAAGGAAAGUAAUGAUGAGGUUUCUUCUUCUUCUAGUUGUGCUGUGGUGCUAGGAGACAAGAUAAAGCAUUUCAGUCACAUGCAUGAAUUAGUGCGUGAUAACAAGGAGAUUAUUAUGAAUGGUGAUGAAGAAUGUUGCGAUGGGUGUGCAUUGCCAAUCUUAACUGCCGCUUACAGUUGUCCACAAUCAGAGUGUAAUUUCUCCCUUCACAAGGCCUGUGCCCAAAUUGGAGAGCACAAACCACAUUGGGCUUUCCAAGAUCCUCUUCGAGUCAGCAUGGGGUGCCAUUUCAGAUGUCGAUUUUGUAAGUAUGACUGCAGCGGUUUUUAUUGCAUUGAAGAUGGUAUUCGCCUCAGAGGUAGUGAGAUCCCUUUCAUCACUACCCAUGAAGCACAUGCUCAGCAUUCCCUCUUCUGUGAUCGAGAUCACAAGGGACCAUGUAGUGGCUGCGGUAAAGAAAUGGGUGAUUAUGGUGGUUACAGAUGCACGCUAGCAGAAAAAGAGGAGAAUUGCAAAUUUUUUACCUUGGACUACAGAUGCCUGACACGGCCCCUUGAAGUUCAACAUAGGUUCCACCAUCACCCUCUAAAACUCACUUAUGAAGAUCCUUACAAGGAUGAUGAUGGUGAUCCAUUUCAACACAUGUGUGAAAUCUGUGAAGAUAGAAGAGAUCCAAAGCUCUGGUUUUAUCGGUGUGAUGAGUGCAAUUUUGAUGCUCAUCCCGAUUGCAUUUUCGGUGAAGAAAAAGAUGGUAUUUGCCUCAGAUGUAUCGAGAUCCCUUUCAUCAUUACCCAUGAAACACAUGCUCAGCAUUUCCUCUUCUGUGAUCCAGAUCACAAGGGACCAUGUAGUGGCUGCGGCAAAGAAAUGGGUGAUUAUGGUGGUUACAGAUGCACGCUAGCAGAAGAAGAGGAGAAUUGCAAAUUUUUUGCCUUGGACUACGAAUGCCUGACACGGCCCCUUACAGCUCAACAUAGGUUCCACCAUCACCUUACAGCUCAACAUAGGUUCCACCAUCACCCUCUAAAACUCACUUAUCAAGAUCCAAGGGAGGCUGAUGGUGAUCCUUCUCAACACAUAUGUGACAUCUGUGAAGAUAGAAGAGAUCCAAAGCAUUGGUUUUUUCGGUGUGAUAAGUGCGAUUUUGAUGUUCAUCCCGAUUGCGUUCUUGGUGAAUUUCCUUUUAUCAAGCGCGGGAGCCUUUCUGAAUAUUUUAGAUGUGAUUCUCAUAAACGACCUCUCUUACAUUUCCAGAGUGAGGAACAUCCCUAUCCGAAAUGUGUUGGAUGUGGCCAUCCUUGCGAAGAUCAACUGGCUCUUAAAUGUCCACACUCUGAAUGCAACUUUACUCUGCAUUUGAAUUUGGACUGCUACAAUUCUCGAGCAAAGGUUAAAAUUCUGUCACCAACUAAUUGAAGAACCGGUAGUUGCUUUGCUUGGAUUGGAAGACUUAACAUAUGCAGACGAUUUGAAAACAAAAGGAACUCAUAAUGUAUUUAAGAAUGGAGAAGGCAAAGUCUUCGUUUUCGACUCUGGUAUGUCUUACCGUCCAACCCGACUGGUAAUUUUUCUCCACUUUAGAAGAUAGUCUUACUUAGAGGAAGUGAGCUUUAUAAAUGUCUAGACACAAUUCUGUAAAACUUUGGAACUCAAAACUUUUUCAUGUUUCAUACUGCCCUAUAUCCAGAUAUUUUGAUUUACCAUAAUGGAGACAUCUGCUUCAAAAUCAGUUACAUGUCAGGUAGUUUGUAGCAUUGUUU